UGGCAAAAUUGAUUCAAAAUGGAGAUUAUUUAUUUGUCGUGGUGUUUCGCAGGCGCAAGCGAGCGAGUUCAAUAGUUUUUACUGAUAACGUGUCGUGUGGUAAAUAAUGAAUUACUUGUUUAUCCAAGCUGGUGAAUGUUAGACUUUAGUGCGGUUAUUAAUUUUGAUUGUUAGUGACUAUAGUGUGAAUAAUAAAUCAAAAACGUAAUCAUGGCGGAUCCUCUCAGCUUACUUCGCCAGUAUAAUGUAAAUAAAAAAGAAAUAAUAGAGCGCGAUAAUCAAAUUAUAUUUGGUGAAUUUUCGUGGCCGAAAAAUGUUAAAACAAACUAUCUUAUGUAUGGAUCGGGGAAAGAAGGAAGUGUUAAAGAAUAUUAUACAUUGGAAUGUCUGCUUUUCUUUCUCAAAAACACACAACUUACCCAUCCAGUUUACGUCAGACAAGCAGCUGCGGCAAACAUUCCUGCAGUGCGUCGCCCAGAUCGUAAAGAGCUGUUGGCUUAUUUGAAUGGAGAAACUGCUACUUGUGCCUCUAUAGACAAAAGUGCGCCACUAGAAAUUCCAACUCAGGUAAAGCGCACACAUGACAAUGAUGGGGGAGAAUCAGCGGCUAAAAAACCUCGUAUUGAGGAGACACAUGUGCAAAAAGUUCGAGAGCAACUUGCUGCGCGUCUCGAUGCACCAAAGGAAGCAUCAGUCACUGUUGACAAUAUUAAGUCUUUAUCUGAAGCUAUGUCAGUGGAAAAAAUUGCAGCUAUCAAAGCAAAACGUUUAGCUAAAAAAAGGACCACUAUCAAGAGCAAUGACUAUUCAGACACAUUGGGAGUAGUUGGUUCAGACUUGCGUGCAAUCCUAGACUAUGAUGUUGACCUCACUAAAGACAUUAUCAGUCGUGAAAGACAGUGGAGAACUAGGACCACAGUAUUACAAAGUAAUGGAAAGAUGUUCGCCAAAAGUAUUCAUGCACUGCUAAGCAGUAUAAAAGCCCGUGAAGAGGGCAGGCCAGGGGCUCCAAGACCACAGCCGGUUGUCAUGCCACCUCCCACUGCUUUACCAGCUCAGCAAGCUCAGUAUAACAGAUACGAUCAGGAAAGAUUUAUUAGACAAAAAGAAGAGACGGAAGGGUUCAAAAUCGAUACUAUGGGUACAUAUCACGGUAUGACCCUGAAAUCAGUGACGGAAGGUCCCAGUGUGCCCGUCGCAGCGCGAGCUCCGCAAACGCCUACACACCCUCGCCAGAUGUCGCAAAACAAUUCUUUACCGAACGGUACGCCAGGCAGGCGUGAGUUACUGCCGGUGACGGCGGCGCGGCCUCCUCCGGGCGGCAAGCGGCCCUCGCGCACACCCAUCAUCAUCAUACCGGCUGCGGCCACCUCGCUCAUAUCAAUGUACAACGUCAAAGACAUGCUGCAGGAACUCAAAUUCGUGCCAGUGGAACAGAAGAAAGCGGAAGGUUCGGCCCGUGAAAAUGAAAUAUUGCUGCAAAGGAGGAAAGGUGCCUCUGGUGAUCACCCACCGACUGCAGCAAACACAACCACGGUGCCUUACCGUGUUGUGGACAACCCAGGAAGAUUGUCAGCCGCAGAAUGGGAUCGCGUGGUCGCUGUAUUCGUGCAAGGUCCAGCUUGGCAGUUCAAGGGCUGGCCAUGGGACGGAAAUCCAGUUCAAAUAUUUGCUAACAUCUGUGCCUUCCAUCUGAAGUACGACGAAAUGAAACUGGACGCGAACGUGGCGCGCUGGGCCGUGUCCGUGCUCAACCUCAGCCGCACCAAGCGCCAUCUCGACCGCGCCGUGCUGCUCGGCUUCUGGGAGACGCUCGACAAGUAAGUGUGCUCACAUCUCA